AUCCACGAAAAUGUGGAUUACCGCUAAAUCGUAUUUCACGUGACAAACGAUAUGUACGAAAGCCAAAUUAUCAUUUAAAAGUUAUGGGUGGUACAGAUGUCGAAGUGGGUGAACAUCCAUGGACUGUAGCUGUUUAUAUAAACAAUUGUAUCUUUCACUUUUCAUCCUCAAUAAAUUCUUUGCAAAGACCAUUCACGCAAUCCUUCACUUGA